GGGGAAACACUGAUCCACAUGAAUGUGGAGUGUUUUGGCAGUUCAUGUGAGGAAACAGCUGGUCCUAAAAGGUAAAGCAAGUUGCUCUUUAAGCAAGUUUGGAUACCAGAGUCUUCUGAACAAAAUAGUGAGCUAACAGCAUUGUAACAUGAGCCUUUUUGAACAUAUAACUAAAAAUAUUGAGCCCAACCUGUUCUGUUUUUUGAGGUCUCCUUGAUGUCUGCGUGCCGAAUGAUGGCCAGUGAGUGAGAAAUACCACUGCAGUCUGAUAAACUAAAUCGGGGGCCAGUUGGGAGGAAGUCAGAGCCGAAAACAGAAAUUGUUUGCAAAUAUCUGUAAAUAAAGGCCCCCGUCAUGAGGCCUUAUGGGCUUCAUGGAGGGAAUACAGAGCGUGAGUCUCGGAGGUCAUUAGGUAUACACACUCAAAGUGACAGACAGGCAGCACUGUGUAAAUAGCAUCUAAAUUAAAUGGCAAUGUCUACAUGGAUCAGUUGGAUAAGCAAUUGGAAGAUGGAUUGAUGGACGGAAAAUCCUCAGGAAAAGGCAUGCAGAAUGUGGCGAGCUGUCAUCGGUGCUUCGGGCCAUGUGAGGCACGCCCGGCAGCCCCGGCACCGUCUCCCGAGGUUCUGCUGGAUGCCAGACGGGGGACGACACACAGCCAGACACUCAAAGAGACGACCAGAAGAUGGGGACACAGUGGCUGAGCAGGUCAGAUCGGGACAAGGUCACAGACUCCAUUUUAUUCUGGAGGAUCCCCCGAUCUUACCGUCCCAGCUUGGAGAUAUGAUCCUUCCUGCAUGUCCCGGGUCCACCCCUGCCGCCUUCGCCCAGCAGGACACUCUUGGAACAGGUCCCACUACCUCAGCUGACUCUUCUCAAUCUGAAGGAGCAGCAGCUCUAUUUCAAGUUCACACCGGAUCUCCGAAUUUCUCAUCCUGCAAUGGAGAGCAAAAAUGAACAGUGAAAACUUUUCGAUAAGUGAGAAGAUUGUGUCGGCCUCAUACAUUCGGCAGGGAUUGCAGGCACGUCGCAGUCAUGAGCAGCUGAUAAGACUGCUGCUGGAACAGGGGAAGUGUCCAGAAGAGGGCUGGAGUGAGAGCACGGUCGAGCUAUUCCUGAACGAGCUGGCGGUGAUGGACAGCAACAACUUCCUGGGGAACUGUGGGGUCGGGGAGCGAGAGGGCAGGGUGGCGUCCAGCCUGGUGGCCAGGAGGCACUACAGGCUCAUCCAUGGGAUUGGCCGCUCUGGGGACAUCGCUGCCAUCCAACCAAAGGCUGCGGGUUCAAGCCUGCUGAACAAGCUUACCAACUCCGUGGUGCUGGAUGUUCUAAGAAUGGCCGGUGUGCGAAGCACGUCCAGCUGCUUCGUGGUGCCCAUGGCGACGGGCAUGAGCCUGACGCUGUGCUUCCUGACCCUGAGGCACCGCCGGCCCAAGGCGCGCUACAUCAUCUGGCCGCGCAUUGACCAGAAGUCCUGCUUCAAAGCCAUGGUCACGGCAGGUUUUGAGCCCGUGGUGGUGGAGAACUUGCUGGAAGGUGACGAGCUGCGAACAGAUCUGGAGGCAGUAGAGAGGAAGAUCCAGGAGCUGGGUGCCGAGAGUGUCCUGUGCGUCCACUCCACCACGUCCUGCUUCGCCCCCCGUGUCCCUGACAGGUUGGAAGAGUUAUCUGUAAUGUGUGCAAAAUACGACAUCCCUCACAUAGUGAACAACGCGUACGGUGUACAGUCCUCCAAAUGCAUGCACCUUAUUCAGCAGGGAGCUCGUGCUGGAAGAAUAGACGCAUUUGUACAAAGUCUCGACAAAAACUUCAUGGUUCCAGUAGGUGGCGCCAUAAUCGCUGGCUUCAGCGAGCCCUUCAUUCAGGAGAUCAGCCGCAUGUAUCCUGGUCGAGCCUCUGCUUCCCCUUCGCUGGACGUGCUCAUCACCCUGCUGACCCUGGGGGCCAACGGGUACAAAAAGUUGCUGAAGGAACGGAAGGAGAUGUACACCCACCUGGCGAAGGAGGUGAGGAAGCUGGCUGAAGGUCAUGGGGAGAGGCUGCUCAACACCACGCACAACCCCAUCUCUCUAGCGAUGUCCCUGGAUAGCCUUGAGGUGCGGAACCCGGAUGCCGUGACGCAGUUGGGCUCCAUGAUGUUCACCAGACAGGUGUCUGGAGCCAGAGUGGUCCCGCUGGGUGGUGAGCAGGUGAUCGGCGGCCACACUUUCAGGGGCUUCAUGUCCCACUCAGAGUCUUACCCAUGCCCCUACCUCAACGUCGCCUCUGCGAUAGGAAUCACCCACGGCGACGUGGCGCUGUGCAUGCGCCGGCUGGACAAAUGCCUGCGGAGUUUAAGGAAGGGGGUGGGGCCAGAAGAGGCGGGGCCAGAAGACACCUGCACAGAGCCCUCGCUUGUUGAAUAGAGAACCCAGUGGUCCUCAGCCAGCUCCUGCCUGCGUCAAGUCUCACUUCUGACCUGAGGUGCAAUAAAGCUGUGAAAAAACCC